GUCUUUCUUCUCUUCUUUCGGACAAUACUAGGUACUAUUAUCGAUUCAACGGAAAGUUUGUUUCUUUUCCUCAAGCAGUUAGUUGACUGUCGGACGUUCUUCUCUUAGGAGAAUGGUUGAGAUAGGGAAGAGAUCUCGUCCUCGUAUUGAAAACGAGCGUUACCAAAGAGAUGACGAUGAUGAUAGAUACACCAAGAAUCAUAAGAAACGCGCAACCGAUAAUAGAGAUGUAAAGGGUAACAACAACAACAACAACAACAACGAGUUAAUUGUGUACAGGAUAUUAUGCCCUGAUGAAGUUAUUGGGAGUGUAAUUGGAAAAAAUGGGAAAGUGAUCAAUUCAGUACGUCAGGAGACUAGAGCUAGGGUUAAGGUUGUUGACCCUUUUCCUGGUUCAAGGAAAAGGGUUAUAACUAUAUGUUGUCAUGUUAAGGAGAAGCAAGAGAUUGAGGUUAAUGAUGAAUUUAAUGAUAGGAGACCACUUUGUCCUGCUCAAGAUGCUCUUCUUAAGAUGCACUUGAUUAUUGCCAGUUCUUUAGCAACUCUUGAUGAUUCUAACAACAAGCAAAGGGAUAUUGAGGAAUGUCAAAUUCUUGUUCCAUCUAGCCAGUCUGCUACUAUUAUAGGGAAAUCUGGUGCUACCAUAAAGAGACUGAGACGAAUUACGAACGCCAACAUCAAGGUUGUAGCUAAGGAUGCUGGUGAUCCAACUCAUUCAUGUGCUAUGGAGUUUGACAACUUUGUACUGAUAUCUGGUGAGCCAAAAGCAGUAAAAGAAGCCUUGUUUGUGAUCUCUACAAUUAUGUACAAGUUCAAUCCAAAGGAGGAGAUUCCUGUUGACACCACAAUGCCUGAACCUCCUCCAAGCAUUAUUAUCCCUUCAGAUGUUCCUAUGUACUCUUCCAGUGGCAUGUAUACUAGCAUAGAUUCUAUUCUAUCGUCUAGACAUGCUCCUGUUCUUGGUUCUGCACACAUAUCUGAAUAUCCAUAUGCUGACACUGGUGGUGCUUUUCCGAUUUACUCAUCAACUGUUCCUGAGGUAUCCGGAUUUGGUGGAAAUGCUCGAUCGGAGAAGUUAACUAUCAAAGUGCUAUGCCCAUCGGGCAAGAUUGGACGUGUUAUCGGUAAGGGAGGAUGUUCCAUAAAAAAUAUCAGGCAAUCCAGUGGUGCGCUUAUAGAUGUUGACGAUGCCAAAGGAAAAGGCGAUGAUUGUAUUAUUACCGUCAUCUCUAAUGAGUCGACGGUUGAUUUGAAAUCCAUGGCGGUUGAAGCUCUAUUCCUACUGCAAGAGAAAAUAAGUGACGAGGAUGAGAAAAAUAUAAACCUGAGGUUCCUGAUUUCAUCUAAAGUUAUAGGAUGUAUACUUGGAAAAGGUGGUUUCAUUGUGAAUGAAAUUCGAAAGAGGACCAAAGCAGAUAUUAGAAUCUCCAAAGGAGAGAAGCCCAGAUGUGCUGAUCCAUUAGAUGAACUUGUUGAGGUUCUAGGGGAAGUUGGUAGGGUUAGAGAUGCAGUCGUGGCGCUUGUUUUUAGACUUCGAGAUAGUGCCCUGAAAGUGUGGGAAGGUAGCCAUGAUAUGUCUUCUGGUGCUGUUCCCCUGUAUGCUGGUGGAUCUGCCAUCUCAAUGCCUUCAGUUAUGCCAAACAUCCAACCAAUGGCUCCAAUGCAUUAUGAACACAGGAAUGAAUCUGGGAAUAGCUUGGGGUUGCUUUCUUCAAAUAGUGUUCAUGGAUAUCGCUCUAUGCCGAUGGGUGACGAUGCCUAUGGAGCUAGUUUACCUUCUUACUCAUCAAAGUUCUAUGGAGGAUUCUCAGCACCCUCAACUCUAGAAAUGACAAUUCCUGCAUAUGCAGUGGAUAAAGUGGUGGGUAAGGGCGGAUCGAAUUUAGCUAAUAUUCGUCAGAUAUCAGGAGCAUCUAUAGAUGUGAUCUCUGAUUCCAGAUCAACAAGAGGUGACCUAAUUGCUCUAAUAUCUGGCACAUCUGAUCAGAAACGCUCCGCUGAGAAUUUGAUCCAGGCAUUUAUUAUGGCGAGAUGAACUUAGGGCUGGUUUCAUGGUUUCAGAGGUGAAUUCUAUUGAAGUAGGAUUCUAAUAAACCGUUUGGCUUGGUCCCCAUGGAUCUAAUUUCUGUAGACCCAUAAGUUUGAUGAUUAAUAACAUAGGUUUCUUCUGAUGGGAUUUGUGGUUCUUCCUUAGCAAAAACAUAGAUGAUUAUCAAGGAUCAUUUAGUAUAGAAUAUUUUCCCAAUGGGUAGGUUCACUUUAUGUUCGUUCUAUCCUAUUAUCUUAGAGCUUCUUUGGAUCUUUCUUCCGCUGUGGUUUCUCCUUCCCUAUCAUCUCUAUUCCUUUUAUGUAUUCGAUAUUGCUUGUGAAUGAUAUGACCCUCCGGCCCUCAUGGUCUACUGGUUUUCUAUUUCAAUGAUGAGCUGCGAAUAUUGUUUGAUUAUUCUCUCCAUCUUACAAGGCCAUAAUUUGGCUUAUUGGCAGAUUUUUUUAAAGAAUGUUCUGUUCUCCUUCAUC